GGCCAAUUCACCCAAUCACCCUGCAGAAUUAAGCUUCCAGAUCCCCCUAAGUAUUCGGGAAGGAAAUCGUCAGAGAACUUUGAAACAUGGUUCAUGAAUCUCCAAAUUUGAUUGGACUAUAACAACUUCACCAAUGAUAAGGACAAAAUUCGGCAGGCCAACUCUCACCUGGAAGGAGAAGCUGCUCUAUAUAUGAAGGAGUAUGCAAUCAAGCUCUCAUCCGGGCAACCCAUCGGCACAUGGGCAGAAUAUACAAGGAAGUUGGAAAUGGCUUACAAGACACUGGACCCCAAGCGCACGGCCCAGUCACAGCUAGAUGCGCACUGCACAAUUCGCCACAAGACAAUGAUCGCUUUUGCGAAGAAUUUCAGGGCUUACGCACCUGAAUUAGGUUACUCUGACGAAGAUUUGAUCGUCAAAAUCAGGGAACAACGGUUGCUACAUAUCCAAACAGUAAUGUCAGUCACAGAGACGCUGGACCCCGCCAAGAUCCCAACGGAUUGGAUGGGUUAUCUCGAAUUCUGUCUAAAAAUC